GAGAGAGAGAGAGAGAGGGGGGAACAGAGUGGGGAGAGACCAGAAGAGCCCCACAGAGAGGCCCUUUGGUUGGAGGGCUUGGGCUACUCCUCCAACGGACUUCUCAUUCUUCGUCGUCUUCUUCUUUUUCUAAUUCUUCUCUUCUGUGGCGCUCUCUCUGUCUCUCAAGAUCCUGGUGAUUCAGCUGAGAUCAAAGAAAUUUGGGGUUCAGGGUUUGAAUUUUUCUUAUAUUGGGUUUUAUUUUUUAAAUAUCUGUCCAUAUACGCCGUAGGCUGUUGGUUACGUGGUAAGCAUCCUUGUCAAGCUUCAACUACUAACUACGGGAAACUUAUUUCUGUUGACCCAAGUGUGGUUUUGGCAAAUGUGGGUGUCUAAGAAAAGAUCAAAAUUUUGACCAACAAAUUUAGUAUUCCCAUUUAUUGGAAGACUGUCUCAAAAAAAGCUGUGUUAUAUUGCAAGAAUCAUAAUCUGGGAUCUCGAUUAUUACUUCUGAAUCAAUCAGGUGCUGGAAAUUUGGUAUGGCUGUUGCCAAGAGCAACAGCAGCAGUGAAUCAUCGACCAAAGCCCCUCAUUGUUACAAAGUUGAAAGCUUGAAGGAAACCAUAUUGGACACAGACCAGACCUCAAAUUUGAAAGACCGAUUUGUUCUUGGGGAGCAGUUGGGUUGGGGACAGUUUGGUGUUAUUAGGGCUUGCUCUGAUAAGUUAGCUGGAGAGGUGUUGGCAUGCAAGUCAAUUGCCAAAGACAGGUUGGUCACUCAGGAUGAUGUGCGGAGUGUGAAACUUGAGAUUGAAAUAAUGACCAAGUUAUCGGGGCACCCAAAUGUUGUGGAUCUCAAAGCAGUUUAUGAGGAGGAAGAUUAUGUUCAUUUGGUGAUGGAGCUUUGUGCUGGUGGAGAACUCUUUCACCAGUUAGAGAAGCAUGGAAGGUUCUCUGAAGCCGAGGCUAGGGUUCUCUUUAGGCAUCUGAUGGAAGUGGUGAUGUAUUGCCAUGACAAAGGUAUUGUUCAUAGAGAUCUGAAGCCUGAGAACAUCCUCUUGGCCACAAAAGCAUCAUCCUCACCAAUUAAAUUGGCUGAUUUUGGUCUUGCAACCUACAUCAAGCCUGGGCAGAGUUUGUAUGGGACUGUUGGGAGUCCAUUUUACAUAGCUCCUGAGGUACUGGCAGGGGGUUAUAACCAGGCUGCUGAUGUAUGGAGCGCCGGAGUUAUUCUCUAUAUUCUUCUUAGUGGGAUGCCGCCAUUUUGGGGAAAGACAAAGUCAAGGAUAUUUGAUGCUGUCAGGGCAGCUGAUCUACGGUUUCCAUCUGAUCCUUGGGACCAGCUAUCUGGUUCUGCUGAGGAAUUAAUUAGGGGAAUGCUCUGUAGGGAUCCUUCUCAAAGGCUCACAGCUCAGGAGGUUCUAGAUCACUCAUGGAUUAGGGACCAUGCACAAUCUUUUGAGGAACCACGUGAACAUGAAAACCAAAGUUAUGAACACUUGGGUGAAGGCGGAAGCUCUUUCUCUACUUUUAUGACUAGGAAUCAGGACAUCAGCUUUGGCACUGGACCGCGUGUUAUUUGUGAUGCCCAGUCACCUCAAUUCACAUGCAGAUCAUCCUUUACUUCCUUUGGGUUAGAACCAUCAACACCUUGCUUUGCAUCUGGUGGGUUUUCUUUUGGCAGCACUGAUGAGCCCAACACCUUGGAAUUCUCAUCUCCUGUUCCCUCAAUGCCAAGCUUCGCAUUCUUCAGCCCUUGCCCCAUCACCGUGCAAGAGAGUUAUACAUUGGAUCUUUCAGCCAACAUAUCCACUGUAAAUGCAAUUCAGAAAGAGGCAAGCUUAGGAAGGCUGUUUAUGUUGUCAGAUUCUUCUGUUUGCCUUGGGCAUGAAGCAAAAGACAUUCAUUACAAGACAGCUGAAGUGAAGAGGGCUGGAGGAACAUCUGGGUAUAGGAUGUCGGGCAUUCACAAGAGGAACAGAACAAUUGGCCUUGGUGAAUUUGAUCAGCUUGAUUUAGUGGUAACUGAAUCAGUGAUUCGUUGGGCAUCAUGCACACAUCUCCCUACUGCAUCAUCACUUAGAUCUUCUCUCGUCUGUUGAAAGCAUGGACCAGCCGAUGAGAUAGAUGAAUUUAUGGUAACUGCAUUACUAAAUGCUUUGGCUUCAUGCACGCAAUUCCCUACUGCUGCAUCUCUUAAAUGGCGUGGACAAACUGAUGGGAUAAGAUGAUGAAUUGGGAAAUUCUGAUCUGCAAAAACUACUGUACCUAGGUGAAAUUUCCUGGCCAUGUAAUGUCCUAGGUUUGCACUUGAGUCCAAGUAGGUAUGUUCAAUGUUAGAGCCAGUUUGAGGUUGGGUUAAUCUUAGGCUUUAUGAUGAGUGAUGUCUUUGUGAUCUCGACUGUUAGUUUGCUUGCUGAUAACAAACUCUCUAAUGGGGUGUUUAAUGUGUAAAAAGUAAUCUAUGUCUUCACAGUUCAAAGGUUUCCAAUUUUCAUGCUCCA